AUGGGCGCGGGAGCCAAGCCUGAGCGGCGACAGGCCAGCGUCCCACUGCUAGAAGAGAUGGUCCUUCCUCCAGGUGGACACAGCCCCACACCCAAGGGCAUCUGGCUUGGCCAACAGACGGCUGCUGGAUUUCAGCAGUGGCCCGGGGUCCUCCCAGCUGGAGACUGUAGUGUGGUGUCCCGAUUCGGGUCUCCCUUGCGGGCACUGUGGUCAGUGCCCUGGGGGGAGGAGCUCAUUCAGUCCUUACAAAGGCCUUGGAAGCGGUGCUAUUAUCAUGAGCUCUGGACAUUUGGGAAGCGGGACAUUCGCACUGUAAAUCGCCAGUCUCUAAGGCUCCGUGAACUCAUCUGGCUCCUGGUGGUUCUCAUUUCCAGGAUCUCUGAAAGCGUCCUCAUCGUGUUCCCCCGACUCCUCUCCCAGAACGCUGUUCCAGCUGAGGCCUCAGCCCCCAUCCUCUGCCUUCCCGCCAUGAUCUUGCUUCUCCUUUUGAGUGUGCUGACGGCCCCGCAUGGCGUGAGAAAUCCGGAGGACCAGAAAGGCUGCUCCUUCCCACAGGCACACAGCACAUCCGGCUGGGAGGGAGGCUGGCGCUGGACCCCCUUCUUCAUGUCCAAGGGCUGGGGGGGCCACCCUCUGGACACCCCACACCUUCCGCAGGAGCUGCCUCCAGGACUCUCAAAAAAUACCAAUAUCACUUCCUUCCCUGGGGUGUUUAAAAAUGUGGAAAAUGUGGCCGACAUUUUUGACUGUCUGGGCUCCCGCUUCACCUGGCUGCAGGCUGUCUUCACCAACUUCCCGGAGCUGCUCCAGUUCGUAAGUGGUAUGAAGUGUGUGGCAGGCCUCUGCCCCCGGGACUUCGAGGACUACGGCUGUGCCUGCAGGUUUGAGAUGGAGGGGCCACCCCUGGACGAGUCUGACAGCUGCUGCUUCCAGCACCGCAGGUGCUACGAGGAGGCCGCUGAGAUGGACUGUCUCCAAGACCCUGCCAAGCUCAGCACGGAUGUCAACUGUGUCAGCAAGAGGAUCACGUGUGAGUCCGGGGACGUUUGUGAGCAUCUGCUGUGUACCUGCAAUAAGGCUGCCAUUGAAUGCUUGGCUCAGUCCAGAAUCAACUCUUCCCUGAACCACCUGGACACUUCCUUCUGUCUGGCUCAGCCUGCAGAGACAACCAGCACGGAAGAGCUGACGACGCUUCUGCCCAGAGUGGUUCCCGCGGAGCCCACAGACGCCAGUGCGAUGGCCCUUUCAGGAGAAGAAGUGGGCCAAGACCAGAAAGGCACAGAAGCUGCUAGGACCUCAUCGCCCCCAGGAUCUGCAGAGAUUGUAGUCUCGACAAAAGGAGUAACCAUGGUCCCCGCCGGUUUGAAGUCUUUGGGCUUAGCUGCAUCAUCCAUCAAAGGUGGCCUAGAGGAGACAACUGGUACAGCCUGUGACAGGUUCACCUUCCUGCACCUGGGAAGCAGGGACGGCACACGGGUCAUGCCUCAGCUCGGAGAGAUGCUCUUCUGUCUGACAUCCCGAUGCCCGGAAGAAUUUGAAUCUUACGGCUGUUACUGUGGGCAAGAAGGACAAGGCGAGCCGAGGGAUGCCCUGGACAGGUGCUGUUUAUCCCACCACUGCUGCCUGGAGCAGGUGAGGCGGCUGGGCUGCCUGCUCGAGAGGCUUCCUCGGUCACCGGUGGAGUGCGUGGAUGGUACAGCCAAGUGUGUGGGGCAGAGCCUGUGUGCGAAGCUGCUUUGCGCCUGUGACCAGACGGCGGCCGAGUGCAUGGCCUCUGCCUUCUUUAACCAAAGCCUCAAGUCAUCGGGCACACAAGAGUGCCAGGGCCACCAGCUGUCCUGCGAGGACAGCAUGCCUGGGGGGCCUGCGGCUUCCUCCCUUAGCUCCAGCUCUGAGGAGAACAGCGAGGAGGCCAUGCCCCACGCAGAGGGCCCAAGGAGAACCAGAAGAUUUCUGGGGAAGUCACUUGGUCCUGUGGGGACCAGGCGACAACAUGGCCCCAGAGAGACCCCUGGAGAAAGCAACAAGCAUCCUCCGCACUAGGUUUUUCCCAUUGCUGUCCUCUC